CGGAAAAAAAAUUGAAACUUUACUAGUUGAGUGGAGACGGAAAUAUUGUCGAGUCAGUGUCUCUAACCAGAGACUCGGAAAAAAAUCAGUCGCCGGCGAUCGAAAACGACAACUCGCCGAACGUCUUUCUCUCUUCUUCAAGCAAACACUUUCACAUCUCUCUCUCUCUCUCAUAUUUAUGAUGAUCGUCUGCUACUAGAGAUCACUAUAACCAGAUCAUCUUCUUUAUUCGUCGGUUAACGUCUCAAUCUCUCUCUGUUCGGAAGUUUUGAAUAGAGAUCGUUAAAAAUGGUGGAUCCUGGACCAAUUACUCCGGGCCAGGUAUCUUUUCUUCUUGGAGUAAUCCCAAUAUUUGUUGGUUGGAUAUACUCGGAGUUACUUGAGUACAGAAAAUCUUGGGUUCCCUUGAAACCUCACUCGGAUAAUAAUCUAGUUGAAUUGGGAGACGUAGCAGAGAAGGACGACGACAAAGCUGAUCUGUUGGAGGGAGGUCUUGCCCGAUCACCAUCUGUAAAGUUUCAUAAUUCAUCUAUCAGAACAAACAUAAUCAGGUUUUUGAGUAUGGAAGAUUCAUUUUUGCUGGAACAUCGAGCAACCUUGAGAGCAAUGUCGGAAUUUGGGGCAAUCUUAAUAUAUUUCUAUAUCUGUGACCGCACAGAAUUGCUUGGAGAUUCUACCAAGAAUUACAACCGCGACCUUUUCCUUUUUCUCUACGUUCUUCUCAUCAUAGUAUCAGCCAUGACAUCUCUCAGAAAACACAAUGACAAGUCACCCAUAUCUGGGAAGUCCAUUCUUUACCUUAAUCGCCACCAAACUGAAGAAUGGAAAGGAUGGAUGCAGGUUUUGUUCUUAAUGUAUCACUACUUUGCUGCGGCCGAGAUAUACAACGCAAUCCGUAUCUUUAUUGCUGCUUAUGUUUGGAUGACUGGUUUUGGAAACUUCUCUUACUACUAUGUCAGAAAGGAUUUCUCUGUUGCACGUUUUGCGCAGAUGAUGUGGAGGCUGAACUUCUUUGUAGCGUUUUGCUGUAUUGUUCUCAACAACGACUAUAUGUUAUACUACAUCUGCCCAAUGCACACUCUUUUCACCCUAAUGGUAUAUGGAGCUCUGGGUAUCUUCAGCAAGUACAAUGAGAUAGGAUCGGUGAUGGCUCUGAAGAUAUUUUCAUGCUUCCUCGUUGUCUUUUUGUUGUGGGAAAUUCCUGGAGCUUUUGAAAUAUUUUGGGGUCCCUUAACAUUUUUGCUAGGUUACAAUGACCCUGCCAAGCCCGAUCUUCAUCGGCUGCAUGAAUGGCACUUUAGAUCAGGCCUUGAUCGCUACAUAUGGAUCAUCGGAAUGAUUUAUGCCUAUUAUCACCCAACUGUAGAGAGAUGGAUGGAGAAGUUAGAGGACUGUGAAACGAAGAAAAGACUAUCCAUAAAGGCCGCUAUUGUUACUAUUACUGUGCUUGUUGGCUAUGUGUGGUAUGAAUGUAUCUACAAGCUGGACAGGACCAGUUACAACAUGUAUCAUCCGUACACAUCAUGGAUCCCCAUCACUGUUUACAUAUGCCUUCGGAAUUUCACCCACCAGCUUCGAAGUGUCUCAUUGACUCUCUUUGCGUGGCUUGGCAAGAUCACUUUAGAGACUUACAUUUCCCAGUUUCAUAUAUGGCUAAGAUCAAACAUGCCUGACGGGCAACCAAAAUGGCUUCUCUCUAUUAUUCCGGGAUACCCUAUGCUCAAUUUCAUGCUGACAACUGCUAUAUACGUCCUUGUAUCUCACCGUCUCUUUGAACUAACCAACACACUCAAGACGGUUUUCGUACCCACAAAAGACAACAAGCGACUCUUCUCUAACUUCAUAGCUGGGAUUGCCAUCGCUCUUCCACUCUAUUGCUUCUCAUUCGUUCUUCUUCAGAUUCAUCGUUAGAAACCGCAAAAACAAGUGUUUGUUCUUUGUGUUUCUUCAUUGUGGUCGCAUCAAAGCAAAGGAAAAUAAGUAAAAAGACAAGUUAGUUUUGUUGAUCAUUUUCUUGUGCACAUUCAGCUUCAAAGGACGUUCACCAAAGGCAGAACCAAGAACCGCAUAGACCAACAUCGCUCAACUACUUUUCUCUAUUGCCAUACAAAAGCGAAGUAAUUGUCUCCGAUUUAAAGUUUUCAAUUUUUUGUGCUAUAUUCUUUAGAUUUUGUUUUGUAAGGAUUAAGCAAACAAUAUGUAGUUCGUCCAAAAAUGUAUAGUGAUGUUAAAGAAUUAUAUGAAAUUGCAAAGUUUUAAAGAAGAAUUCAUUCUCAACAGUCACUGACAUGGUUUUCUAUCAGUCUAGUCUUGCAAUUUCUGCGGUUCGCUAGCCGAGAAUGGAAAACAUUACCCGGGGAGAUGAAAAUGUAAUGACUCUAGUUUUCACAGCUAUUACUUGGCAAGUCUACACAAUUGUCUUGUGUGGCAUUGAUCUUUGAGUCAUCUUCUGUGU